AUGUCUGCUAAAGGAGGAAAACCGAAAUAUACUCUUACCUAUUUUAACCUGAGAGCUCGUGGCGAGGUUGCUCGUCUUUUAUUUGUAUAUGCCGGAAAGGACUUUGUGGAUGAACGUAUAGAGCAAAAAGAUUGGCCAAAAUUAAAGCCAAAAACUCCUGGUGGCACCUUGCCCUACCUGACUAUAGAUGACAAAACAUUUGGACAAAGUUUGGCUAUCGUGAGAUAUCUUGCUUCAGAGUUUGGUCUGUUUGGGAAGACUAAAUUGGAACAGCUGGCAGCUGACGAAAUGUUGGAAGACGUUGAAGAUAUGAUGAAGACAGUAAUUAAACCGGUUUUUGAAACGGACGAAGCUAAAAAGGCUGAGCUAUUAAAGGAAUUUGAAGACAAACUCUUACCAGCAUUCGUGAAGAAACAUGAAGACAAACUCCCUACAUCUGGCCAUUAUGUUGGUAAAACGUUUACUGUCGCCGACUUCGCAGUUCAUGACAUCCUAGAUGGUAUAACGAAGAGAGGGGGAGACAAAUGCCUCGCCAAUGCACCAAAACUCAAGGCUUUAAUGGCGAAAGUCAGAGAAGAUAAGAGAAUAAAAGAGUAUUUGAAAAAGCGACCUGACACAGUGAUGUGAAAGGAGUGUCAUGACCUGUAUAUAGAAUUUCCUCCUUCUCACAGUAUUCAGCAGUGCAGCAGUCACUGGCAGUUUUUUCUAUAGA